GUUCGAAAGUUUCAUUUUCUAAAUUUUUUUUUUUUUCUUUCAUUAAUUUAUUUAAAUUGUCAUUUCAUUUUAGAUAACUCAGAGAUAAUAAAAUGUAUUAUCAAAAAACAAAAAAAAAGAUAAAUGAAUCAUCUCAACAACAAUCAUUUAAUAAUAACAAUAAUAACACAAUAAAAUCUUCAAUAUUUGAUGGUGCCGGAUUAACCAAUUUUAAAAAACAAGAAUACAAUUUAACACCAACAUUCGAUUUACCAUUCAUUCUUGCACAAACUAUAAAUGAAACAGGCAAACCAAUUUCAAAAUUAAAUUUAUCUGGUUCAUUAAAUAAUGAUGGUAGUUGUUUUAUAAUUUUUGAUAAAAAUUUAUAUAUUUGGUCAAUCGACAGACCAGAGUAUUGUGAUAAAAUUGAAUUAUUAGAAAAUAUUAAAAGAAAUCAUAUCGUUGUUUAUAAAAAUAAAAUAUCAAGUGAUAGAUUUACAGUAUUUAUUUGUUCACCAAUUACAGGAUUUAUUAGAUAUUGGGGAAACUCAUCAAGACCAAAUGUAUCUCAAGAUUUACCAUUAGAUAGUCCAAGUGGAAAUAAUUUUAAUAUUUAUAUUACAGAAUGCAAUCCAGGUGUAAUUGUCGGUAAUUCAUUGGGAUCAAUUUAUUUAGUAUCAAUCAAAAAUAAUAAUCAAUUAACAUCAAAGAAAAUCAAUAAACCACAAGGAAUGUUUAGCUAUUUAUAUCUUUCAAGACAACUUCCAGUAAUUUCAGUUUCAUCAGUUAAUAAUUUACAAUCAUCAUCCCAACAACAAUCUUUUAUGUCAGGAACUAACAACACUGUAAUUAAUAGCAAAUUUAUUUAUGUUUUAACUGAAGGAUCUUUAUUAAAAUAUGAAAUUGCAAACAAUGGUACAGAGGCAGUGGUAUUAGACUAUUUAAUUCAUAAGGAAAUUCAAAAACAAUUCCAAGAUGUUCCUGAUAUCAGAUUCCAUCAAAUGUAUAUAGAAACGGUUCAAGAUCAAAAUAAAGACCAAGUAGAAAUCGUAAAUAUUAUACUCUAUGAAACUUCUUCUUCUUCACACAGCCAUGUAAAUUAUUAUUUAUUCCAAGUUGAAAUUCAAAAUGAACAAAUUUUUAAAUCUAAAAGAAUUGAUAAUUUUGUAUCAAAUAAACAAAUUUCAAGUGGUGGAUUAAAACCAACUGAACCAAAUUUUUCAACAGAUUCAAUUAAAUACUUUUUAGUUUGGAAUGAUUGUAUUUUUUAUUAUUUAAGAAAUCAAUUUUCACAAAGCAAUAUUACAUCAGGUUUAAUAAAAUUCCAAAAUCAAGAUAUUGCAUUUAGUGGCUUCUUUAAGAAUCAAUUUUAUUUCUUUUCAGAAAAAGGUAUUAUGAAAGUAAAUUUAUUUAACUCUGGUCAAAUUCAAUCAUCAUCACCAUCAGGUUCAUCAACACCACCAAUGUUAAUUUCAAUGGAUACAGAUACUGCCACAGUACCAACCAUAUUAUUUGAUAUCCCACAAAAUGAAGAGAUGAUUUUUGCUAAAAGAAACAAUGUAUUAAAAUGGAUGAACUUAAUUUCAUUGAAACAAUUUGAUAAAGCUGAACAAUUUUUCAAACAAUUUAAAUCAUAUCAAGAUUUAAACCAAAUCAUUCAACAAGUUUCUAUAUUUAUUGUUGAUCAACAACCAUCAAGUAGAUUUUGGGCUGAUGAUGGAACUAAAAUGCUUUGUAAUUUAGGUACUGACAUGUCCGUUCAAUUAAAGCAACAAUUAGAAGAUAAAAAAAAACGUUAUGCAUUCUUUUUAAAAUGUAUCUCUGAAAAUAACUUGGAAAGAUCGUUAAAUAACGAAACUAAAGAAUCUCUCAGAAAGAAUGAAGUUUUAGUUCGUUUAGCUAUCGAAUUGAGAGAUUAUCAAAAUCAUCAAAUUUCAAAACCAUCUAUUUUACCACAAUUAAUUCAAGACCUAGUUAAAGAAUUAAAUCCAAAUUGGAGCAAUAUGGGCAUGAAUAUCCAUGAAAUCUUUUAUAGCUAUGUUAGUGGUAUCGAUCAAAUUCUCAUCAGUAUCGUUUCAAAAUUACAAGAGCCAUUGCAAAAACCAACAUCACAAAAAGUUCGUAAUCUUUUAGAAGGUUCUGAAAUAUUUUAUAAGGCCAUCGAAAUCAUUCCAGUUGAAUUUUUAAAUUUACCAAUUAUCUCCCAACCAAAUAAAAUAACAGCUCAAACUUUAAUGUUCCAAUUAAUUUCAAAUCUGGUCUCAUUCAUCCAAUCUGAAUUUAAGCAAAACUCUGCAACUUUAAUAAUUUAUAAAAAAGAUUUGGGUAUUUCAGAUAUUGAUAAUUUAUUUUAUAAUUUAUUAUUUAAAAUUACCGAAAAAUAUUUAUAUUCAUUAAAGAUUAAUCAAAAUGAUCAAUUUAAUCAAAUGAAAACAAGAAUUAUUGAACCAUUUAUUUUAUUUGGUAAAUUUGAUGAAGCAAUCAAAUUAGCAAAUCAAUUUGAUGAUUAUCAAAGCUAUAUUGAUGUAUAUAUUGCAGAUGUUAAUAAUAGAGAUAUUCAAAUUAAACAGGUUACAGAUUGUCUAAAGAAGUUUGAAGCCAUGAAUACAUCACUUUCAAAAAUUUAUCAAUAUAUGUUAGAUAAAGAUUUAAAGAGCGAAAUUUUACAACUUCCAUCCGAAUUUAAUGACAGUUUAGCUUUAUUCCUUCAACAAUACUCUGAUUUAUCAUGGAUUCAUGCAAUUAGAAUGAAAAACUAUUCAAAAUCCUCAGAAAUUUUGUAUGGUAAAGCAAACCAAUUAUCAGGAUCAUUUGAAAACCCAUUAAAGGAAAAGAAAAAUUAUCUCAGUGCUGCUAAAAUCGCCUUAUUAGCUUCUUCAAGUGGUCAAUUACAACCAACCCAACAAAAUCAAUUAAAUAUCAUCAAUCAAAAUUUAACUUUGAUUAAAACCCAAAAGUACUUUUUCCCAAAUGCCAAACAAGUCUACACAGCUUCUGAUCUCAUUAAAGAUAUUUUAAAACAGAUAUCCGAAUAUGAAAAUCCUUUAGAAAUUUAUUUAUCUUGCAUCGAUAUCAUUUUAGAAUCAAAUUUAUUAUUAUCUAAAUCUGAUAGUGACAAUUACCUUUUAAAUAUUUUAAAAAUUUCUUUAGAAAAAGAAACAGUAUUUUCUGAAAAAUCAAAAUCAGAUAUUCAAUUAGAUUAUUGUAUUAGAGAUACAGAUUUCUUCAAAGUAAUCGCAUCAGGUUUCCCAAAAGAACUUGCUCAAGCCAAUUUACGUUUAUUAAUCGAAAGCUAUUAUAAUUCAAAAAUAAAUGAAUUUAAUAAUCAACCAGAAAAAAAGAGAGAUUUUGAAAUCUGGAUCACAAGACUUUUAGAGCUUUCAAAAAAUGAAAUUUCAAACUAAAUAAAAUUUUAAUUAAAAUU